AUGGUGGUAACUAAGAAGUACACUCAUUUGGACUUUGUCCCCACAAUUAGUGACAGUGAAGACGACGUUCCUAUUUUAGAUUCCUCUGAUGAUGAAAAAGUUGAGACUGCUAAGAAACAGAAGGGUAAGAAUAAGAAGAAAAAGACAACCAAAGUUGACGAACUUGAUGAGGAUGUUCACGAAGACUUGAAUACAGGGUUUAAGUUUGAUUUGGACGCAGAUGACACCACUUCGAAUUUUCAAGGCUGGAACUUUCUUGGUGAAUCCAAUAAGGAUGAUCUAGAAACUCCCGUAAAGAAGGACGUAGAUUUGGACAAGAUUAUUAGAAGAAAAGGUGGGCUGGUGAAAAUGGCCCAUAUUGAUGCCAAAGAAGAAGAAAAAGAAGAAGAGGUAGACGAUAACGACGAUAAUGACGAUGAGGAAUUGGCAAUGGACGGGUUCGGUAUGGGAGCUCCUACUAAAAAUGAGGAUGAGGAUGAGGAUGAGGAUGAUUCAGAAGAAGAGGAGGAACAGGAGGAGUUGACUUUAGAAAAGGGCAGCAAAGACGAAGAUGUAGAUGAAGAGGACGAUUCAGAAGAGGCAAAAGCUGAUUUCUAUGCACCUGAAACUGAGGGGGAUGAAGCUAAAAAGCAACUGUACGAUAAUUUCAAUAGUUUGUCUCUGUCUCGUCCGGUUCUUAAGGGCCUUGCCAGUUUGGGUUACGCCAAACCUUCUCCUAUUCAAAGUGCUACUAUCCCCAUUGCUUUAUUGGGUAAAGAUAUCAUUGCUGGUGCUGUCACCGGUUCUGGUAAAACAGCCGCGUUUAUGAUUCCUAUCAUUGAGCGUCUGUUAUACAAACCGGCCAAAAUUGCUUCCACCAGAGUCAUCGUUUUGUUGCCUACUCGUGAAUUGGCUAUCCAAGUAGCUGACGUUGGUAAACAAAUUGCACGUUUUGUCUCCGGUAUUACUUUUGGCCUUGCCGUUGGUGGUUUGAACUUGAGACAACAAGAACAAAUGUUGAAGUCUCGUCCUGAUAUUGUCAUAGCUACCCCAGGUAGAUUUAUUGACCACAUUAGGAACUCCGCAAGUUUUAACGUGGAUUCGGUAGAAAUUCUGGUCAUGGAUGAAGCCGAUAGAAUGUUGGAAGAAGGUUUCCAAGAUGAACUUAAUGAAAUUAUGGGCUUAUUACCAAGCAAUAGACAGAACCUACUGUUUUCCGCUACGAUGAAUUCCAAGAUUAAAAGUUUAGUCAGUCUUUCUUUGAAGAAACCAGUAAGGAUUAUGAUUGAUCCGCCAAAAAAGGCUGCUACCAAGUUGACACAGGAAUUUGUUCGUAUCCGUAAAAGAGACCAUUUGAAGCCAGCGCUGUUAUUUAACUUGAUUAGAAAACUGGAUCCAGUGGGUCAAAAGAGGAUUGUCGUUUUUGUGGCGAGAAAAGAAACCGCUCAUAGAUUGAGAAUUAUUAUGGGUCUUCUAGGUAUGAGCGUGGGUGAAUUGCAUGGUUCUUUAACGCAAGAACAACGUUUAGAUUCCGUUAAUAAAUUCAAAAAUUUGGAAGUACCCGUACUUAUCUGUACAGAUUUAGCAUCCAGAGGUCUUGAUAUCCCUAAGAUCGAAGUCGUUAUCAACUAUGAUAUGCCGAAGAGUCACGAAAUCUACUUGCAUAGAGUGGGUCGUACCGCCAGAGCUGGUAGGGAAGGUCGUUCUGUCACCUUUGUAGGCGAAUCCUCUCAAGAUAGAAGCAUUGUCCGUGCUGCUAUCAAGAGUGUAGAAGAAAAUAAAUCUCUUACCCAAGGUAAGGCUCUUGGUAGAAAUGUGGACUGGGUUCAAAUCGAAGAAACCAAUAAACUUGUGGAAUCGAUGAGCGAUACAAUUGAAGACGUUCUUGUUGAAGAAAAAGAGGAAAAGGAGAUUCUAAGAGCUGAAAUGCAAUUGAGAAAGGGUGAGAAUAUGUUAAAGCAUAAAAAGGAAAUUCAAGCAAGACCAAGAAGGACAUGGUUUCAGAGCGAAUCAGACAAGAAAAAUUCCAAAGUUUUAGGAGCUUUAUCAAGAAACAAGAAAGUCACCAACAGUAAGAAGAGAAAGCGUGAGGAAGCUGUUGCUGAUGGCAAUGGUGCGCGUUCUUAUAGAAAAACUAAAAUUGACCGUAUCGCAGACCAAGAAAGAUCUUUUAAAAAGCAGAAGAGUGCAAAUUCAACUAAGAAAAAGAGUUUUCACAGUCGUAGGUAA